AUGGGAUACACUGACCCUUCCUCAAGCAGGGAUUUGCUGGGAAACAGAACUUUGUUCUUCAUAUUCAUCUGCGCCUUUGCCGUGGUCACCUUGCUGCAGCAGAUCCUCUAUGGGAGAAACUAUCUCAAAAGGUAUUUUGAGUUUUAUGAAGGGCCUUUGGAAUACAACUCUACAAAAUGCCUGGAAUUACGGCAGGACAUCAUUGAAGUGAAGGUUUUGUCUAUGGUGAAACAAACUGAAUUGUUUGACAGAUGGAAGAGCCUACAGAUGUGCAAAUGGGAGAUGAAUGUCACAGAAGCUAACUUAUUCAAGUCUACUUUGUCGAGGUGUUGCAAUGCCCCUGCCUUUCUCUUCACCACCCAGAAAAAUACUCCCUUGGGAACUAAACUGAAAUAUGAAGUGGACACUAGUGGAAUCUUCCAUAUCAACCAAGAAAUCUUCAAAAUGUUUCCAAAGGAUAUGCCGUACCACCGCUCCCAGUUUAAGAAAUGUGCGGUGGUUGGGAACGGAGGAAUUCUGAAGAACAGCAGAUGUGGCCGGGAAAUUGACAGCGCAGACUUCGUGUUUCGAUGCAAUUUGCCUCCUAUAUCUGAGAAAUACUUCACGGACGUUGGGGUAAAGACGGAUGUCGUGACUGUCAAUCCCAGUAUAAUUACUGAGAGAUUUCAUAAGCUGGAAAAAUGGAGGAAACCCUUCUACAACGUGCUCCAGGUCUACGAGAACGCUUCCGUGCUUCUGCCAGCUUUCUACAACACUCGCAACACGGACGUCUCAAUCCGGGUCAAAUACGUCCUGGAUGAUUUUGAAUCUCAGCAAGCUGUUUAUUACUUUCAUCCCCAGUAUCUCAUCAACGUCUCACGCUACUGGCUCGGCCAAGGGGUGCGGGCCAAGCGGAUUAGCACUGGACUGAUCCUGGUGACUGCUGCCCUGGAGCUCUGCGAAGAGGUCCACCUUUUUGGCUUUUGGGCCUUCCCCAUGAACCCCUCAGGGAUUUUUAUAACUCACCACUACUAUGACAAUGUGAAACCUCGCCCUGGUUUUCAUGCUAUGCCCUCAGAAAUCUUCAACUUCCUCCACAUGCACAGCAAGGGGAUCCUGCGGGUUCAUACAGGGACCUGUAGCUGCUGUUGACAGGGACACUUCUUCCUCUGACACAAAAGUGUAACAGGAACUCGAUGCCUGUGUGUGGUGUAGGAGGUUUUAUUACACCCUGAGAUAAUGCAAUAAUUGUUUGAUAUAAAUUUCCUCAAGGCAUUGCAUCCCAUAAGAUCGAGGACACCAGCAUCUUUCCUGCUAGCAGAGUUGGGUCCGUAACAGUGUGGGAGAAGCAAAACUCCUCUGUCC